UUCAAUAUUAUGAUUUAUCCACAUCAAGAAAAUAUGUACAUGAUGAACAAAGGUGGCCUUCACGUAGAUACAUAAAUUAAAAUGACAAACAUUUAUCAGUACCAAAGUGGAGGGCACGUUGGUCUACAUCAUCAAUGACCAUCAAGGCAUCAACUAUAUAUAUAAACAUACACCAGUUUAUGAAAAUGCAUCUUUAUUUCUAGUCGCUUCUGUCGCUUAACUCUUUCUAGUUCUUUCACUUUCACACCCCGCCAAGUUAUGGCAACCAUACACUUCAAUAUUCUUUCUAUCUUGCUUCUCAUAGUUGCAUUCUCUUAUACAGAAGCUGAUUAUAAUAUUGUUCCAAAAACAACAGAGAAGAAAAUAGAGGUGGUGGUGGAAUCCAUAGUGUACUGUCAAAGUUGUAAGCACCUUGGAACAUGGUCAUUGAAUGGAGCAAAGCCAAUUCCUUCAGCAAAAGUAAGUGUAACCUGCAAUAGCCAUAAGGGUCAUGUUAGCUACUACAAGGUCUUUGAGACAGAUAAAAAUGGUUACCUAUAUGCACCACUUGAAGGGUUCAAGAUGGAGAAUUAUCUACUUGAUCAUCCUCUGCACUCUUGUUAUGUUAAGCCUAUUUGGUCCCCGCUUGAGAAUUGCAACCUUCUCUCAAAUUUGAAUUAUGGUCUGAAUGGCGCUUCGCUUCGAUUCGAGAACAAGAGAUUGCGUGGAAGCAAAUAUGAGGCAGCUAUCUAUGCUGCAGGACCCUUGGCUUUCCGUCCCUCUGACUGUGCCCAGGUUCACUAUUAGGAUCUAGUUGCAAGUUGAAGUUUUGGAGAAGGAAUCAAAGAACAAAAUAAACGGGGGAAAAGUUUCCUCUUUACACUUCAAGGCUUCCCUUUCUUCCAAAUUCUCCAAAAUCAAAAAUCAAACUAAAAAAAAAAACACUUUUUUAAUGUAUCAAACA